AUGUUAUAUUCAUACUGCUUAUAUAUUUUUCUCAUUACGUCAUAUUACGUGGAGGCACCAGGUCUUUUACUCCUUUAUCGACCGAAGGAUAUAAGUGAUGCUUGCGUCUUCUCAGAACACCUCAGAUUUGAUAUAUCCUUUGGGAUGGGGAUGUCCGACACAAUUACUUUGGUACUCCGAACCCUAACUGAAAUAGACUACGCAUGCACCGUGGAGGUAGUGGUGGAGCCGGCAGUACAGCUCUUGGUUGUGGUCCGGUAUCCGAACCUCGUCAGUACAAACUGCGAGAUGAAUCGAGAUGCUUUCAUACUGAUGAAGAAACAGCGGUGUAUCAGGUUCUGUGACGUCAUGUACGAUGAAAGCCUUCCAACCCAUUACUUCACGUUUCAUGUCAAGGAGCGUCUGCGCUUCAAGUUUGUCAGCAAUAGCAGUAUCAACGCAGAUCUUAAUGCCCACUUCUACCAAGUAACGGUGACCUCAGCACGGAACAAGCCACAGAGGGGGUGCACGUUGAAGAAUGAAACGAGUUGCUCCGUCGGAGAAGACCACUUCUGUUUCACCAGCGGUGUAGUCUGCGACGGCAUCAAGAACUGUGGUGUUGAUGACUGGUUCGACGAACGCAAAUCUACGUGUUCUCUUCCCGUUGAGAGACUCAGCUAUGCCCCAGUUAUUGCGGUCCUUGCUGCCAUGUCAUGUGCACUGUUGGCACUUGGUCACAUAAUCCAACGGUGUUUGCCGCCACUCGCAGAUUCCUUCUUCAUAUUCAACGCGAACGAAGAUAACCGACUCUGCAUAGACCCAGUUCUAAUUCCACCAAAUAACACUCCACCAGACAUCCCGACUUUGAAGAGGAUGUCUAUUAUUCCUGUGUUCUCGUCAUCAUCAGAAGAAAACAGCGAGAUUUUUGAAGAUAAGAACUCCGGUAUUGAGCUCCGAUCUAGGGAUCUUACAGAGGAAUCCACAUCCAAGGCCGCUAUCAAACCAGAAAAAGCGAGAAUCAGUAACAUUAAAACGAUAACUGAGCGAAUACAAGACACAUUCAAGUCGUUCACCUUUUCAAAACGGAGGUCGAGUCAGAAGACACAAAAGACGAUUGUGUGA